AUGGCCCACGCCUCUAGUCACAAGAGGAUGCCGGAAACAUCGCCCGACGUCGCCCUUUCCCACAACGCAAAGAUCCCCAAAAUCGAGCCCGGGCUCGCGCAGAGCCCGCAGCCCUACCAGCGCCCGUCGCCGAACAACGACUUCUCCGGCUCAGUGAAGAAGCGCCUCGCUACUUCGUCGCGCACCGGCCAGGCGUGCGACCGCUGCAAGAUUCGCAAGAUACGAUGCGACCCGAGACCCGAAGGCUGCUCGCCAUGCGCACAGAAUCGCUCACCAUGCAAGACCACCGACCGCAUCACCGGCCGCGCGACGACGAGAGGCCAGGUAGAGGCCCUGGAGUCGGAGAACAGCUACCUGCGUUCCCAGCUGGUGGACCUGCAAGCGCAGUUGAAGGAGAUGGGCGUUGAGCCGCGUACCGCACCAACCUAUAACCAUCUAUCACAGUGCAACGCACCAUAUGCGCCACCGGUCGCCGCCAGCGAGUGGGGAGAAUCGACAAAUCGCCGCACCAGCACCCACGCCAGCACCUCCCCUGCGGCAGGCUAUACACCGGCCAAUUCCACGCUGGAGAACAAUCGGCCUCUUCCACAGUACAAGCAUCAAUCUUUUGGCGACAACUAUCUGGGCGUGUCAUCCGCCGACUCCUUGCUGAGUAACAUUAGUGGGACUUCGCUGUCAGUCUUCGGCCAUGAGAUCGACAUCACCGACUUCGUGGACGACAAGGACUAUGACACCUCGUACAUGUCAUAUACCUACGUGAUGCGCGUGGCUUUGAGUCACACACAACCUGAUCCUGUUCCGCUACCACCGUACCAGACCCUCAAGGAGUAUUGCAGCUGGUGGUUUCGCUCAAUGCAUCCGUACAUCAUGCUUCUGGACAAGCCGACCAUGAUGAAGUUGAUAUGGCGCAUCGGGAAUGAACCUGGAUUCUCGCCCUCAGUCUCUGAGACAGUCUGUGUGCAUAUGGUAAUUGCUUCCUUGAACUACCAAAUAUCGGUUCGAAACCGCCAGGCGGAUAUGAUGGAAGAGUCGCAUCGACAUUACCGGUAUGCAUUGAGCUUCUUCAAGGAUUUGUGGCUGUCACACACUUGGCAUGAUGUGCAAGCCUUGACAUUGAUUGUGCACCAUCUUCGGAACUUCCCCAAGCCAGGCGCCGCCUGGAUAAUGGCUUCCACCACCUUUCAAUUGGCUAUAGAGCUUGGUUACCAUCGUUCGUCCAAGGCUUGGGCGAACAAUGGCCAUAUGGACCCACUGGAAGUUGAAGUGAGGAAGCGUACUUUCUGGACACUACAUGCUCUCACGACAAACAUGAGUGGGAAGCUGGGUCGACCCAUGCCAAUAAACAUGGAUGAUAUCGAUGUCGAAUUUCCUGAACCGAUGAACGACUGCCUACCAGGCGAAGAAGUCGGUUUGGAUGAGUUCCACAAAUGCUCGUUCCAGGUCGGGAUACAUGUUGCUAAGUUCACUGUGCCUUUAUCGCAUUUGUACCGUAGUCUCUACUCCAUCAACGCCACUCCAGGUGCUUACGAAGAGACUUUGCAGCGUCUGGAAGCUGGUAUCAAGCAGUGGAAAGAAGGAUUGCCACCGCAAUUGCGAGAUCCCGCAACUGCCUCGCAGGAAGACUACAUCUUUGCCGUAUACCUGGAUUACUGGUACCAUGAGUAUCACCUGCAGAUGUAUCACCCCGCCAUGUGUCGCUCCGACGACCCAAACGCCAACAGCGCCAGCUUAGAGAAAUGCCUAGUCGCCUCCAAAAAACUCUUACGAUGCGUCACAGAGAUGCGCAAACUGCGAAGUCUGGACAAUAUAUGGAUAAAUAUCGUCACGUACAUCGGUGCUAUCUUCACCACUUUAUUUGGCCACCAUCAGAAGCUGGACCAGCUUUCCUCAGCCGACAUGGACACCCUUAAGAGUGACAUGGACGAGUGGAUUGAGCUGAUCAGUGAGUCAGGCCAGCUGCUAGGUUUCGGCGAUAAGUUGAAAGACACCAUCUCUCAGAUCAUUGAACGCUCGUUGAGUAACAUCAACGCAAGUAUCGCCAAAAGAACAGCAAGUCAGUCGCUUGCUCAAGUGGCUCUACAAGCACCGCCCGAGCAAUCCUCGGCACCAAUAACUUACACAAACGGCAACCAUCAGCCUUCUUAUUCAAGUGCUGCCAGCACGGCGGAUUCCGCUACCAUAUCCGGCUCACCACAGUCUCAGGCCUACACCAUUCCUCCUGGGAGUGCUGGGUAUACAUACAACAACGGACCGCCGGCUUCCGUGCCGCAGCCAGCAGCUCCUAGCCUUGGUCAACAGUCGUACAUGACCGCUCAAGAGAGUACAAUGCCGGCAUCGCACGCCGCAGCACUACAACAGGCAGCGGCUGUCAUACCACCCCCACGUACAGACGACCCGUAUGCUUUUGGAAACGCGCAGGUCGCCACUAGCGGCCACCCUCACCAAUCGACUUAUGCGAACGAAGUCCCCCCAGUCGACUGGCACCAGUGGACACGAUCGACGGUUGCGUACAGACAGCCUGGAUCGCAGGGCGAGUACCUGAACAGUGUUCGCACGCACGGCAGUGUCAGCGUCCAGGGGAGCCAAGGCGGACAAAUGACUGGUGUCGGCGACGAGAACGUUAUGCAAACGCUCGGAUCAAACAACUGGCCGAGCAUGCAGUUCUAUCCCUCUAACAACGCCUUCGGGAGUCAGCAGUAUAAUGGCCAACAAUAG